UGUAGACAGGAAACGAGUUUGUUCGUUGACCAGUUGCCUUUAUAACAUUUACAUUUAAGUCAUUUAGCAGACGCUCUUAUCCAGAGCGACUUACACAAAUUUAACCUAAUCUAUAUCAUUUAUAUGAAAGUCAAAGCACUCGAUUUUUAAGAGAGACUGGUAUGCUAGUUGUUUGACACCACAAGAUCCAGAAUGAGACGGUGAACACAAAUACCUGCGCGAGGGUAGCAUCGAGUGAACCUGGAGUAUCAGCCCAGCUCAGGCACCUUGGCAGAAUGGAUCCAGAGAAGCACAGUCACCAGAGGGAGUAUAGAGAACCAAAGGCAUGCAGUCAGAGGAGGGAGUAUGAAGAAUCAGAGAGGUACAGUCGGCAGAGGGAGUACGGAGGACCGAGCUCAGGACAAUGGGACGAUAGCUUUGAGAAGAGAGGCAAUGGCCAGGCUAUGCCCCCAGAGCCCUACAGUGAAUACUCCAGCAUGAGGCGAACUAGAGAAGGUGGGAAAGAGUAUGGUGCUUCCUCUGCUAUGAGCUACAUCAUGUACCCAUCAUCCAGAGACUGGAGCAAAGGCUCAUUGAGGGAUAGCAGUGGUCCCUUCUCCCCAGACACAGAUAGGGACAUUGAUGGAGAUCCUAUGGUGCUCAGUGUGGAGGACCUGGAACUCGCUCGUAAGAAGAAGGUGUUGAAGGUCAUAGAGGAAAAGAUAGCUCGCAAGAAAGCUGUUCUUGCUCUGCAAAAAGUUAAACGCAGAGCUAAGGACAUGCCUGAAACACAGGCUGCAUCCGUAACAGUGAAGGGCAUGUCUAAACAGAGGAAGGUAAACGAUACAACAUUCCAAAGAUACAGUAAUGUUGCGGACCAGUCUUCACGCAUAUGCCUACCUCUUAAACGGAGGGUGCUGGACAUUCUGAGUAAGCUCAGAAGAACACCGGUACGGUACCUACUGCAUAAGGAUACUCCUGCCAAGCUGAAGAAACAAAACAAGAUGCGAGCAUUGGAGCUGAUGAUUAGCGCUCCCCUAGAAAAUGAAGAGGCCCAUCCUCUGAGACUGAGAGUGAAGGGUUUAAUGAACCAACGACGCUCUCCCAACAAUGAGGUGAUCGCUAAUGAUGAACAACAUAAUCCAACCAUUCAGAGGCCAGUUCACUCACUGAGGACACAGGAGAAAGACGUUUUAGCCACAGGCUUCCUCAAUGAAGGAAUGGACCUCAACAAGCUCUCAAAGAUCGUCAACGACGAAAAUGAGCAACUCAUUGUGGGCGAGGAGCUACCACAAGUUUGGCCGACUCUGCUCGAGGGUCAUGUUGACUACAGCAGUAGGUCCAAGUCUUCUCCAUUUGAGGAGAAGAAGGUGAGGCUUGAGGAUGAGCAGCGGUACGAGCGGAUGCAGACCCUGCUGGAGAUUGUUGGGCUGGACUUGGGGGUUGAGGAGUUGGGUCGGCUGACAGACAGGACCAAUGAUAGGCUAUAUGGAAAGAUGGGAGACUUGAAAAGGGACAGAGCCAGAGAAGGGGAAAGUCCUGCGAGAGAGAGAUGCAGGCAAAGAUGCUCUAGUACCAGAGAAAAGGACAGAGACAGAUCUGAGAGAAACCGAAAGGGAGACGGGCACAGACACUCUAGUACCAGAGAGAGAGACAAGGACAUACCGGUAGUCAGAGAAACUAACAGAUCAGAAAGGAACAGAGAUAAAGAUGGGGACAGAGACCCAGAGGAGGACUGGGACGGAGGCCGAGAGAAAGAACGGGACAGAUCUAGGAGAGACGGGGGCAGAUACAGAUCUGAGAGAGACAGGGACAGAGACCCAGAGAAAAGCAGAGAAGGAGGCCGAGAGAAAGACCGGGACAGAUACAGAUCUGAGAGAGACAGAAAACGAGAGAUAGCCAAGGAUGUAGACAGGUGGCUGCAAAGGACCAGAGACGGAGACAAAUGUUCUAGGACCAGAGACCUGGACAGGGAGAGAUCUGAGAGGUAUAGGUAUGGGGAUGAGUCCAGUGAACGCUCCAUUGAGCUCUACUCAUACUCCAUGGACCCUAUAAGCCCUGUUUCUCAUCCCCAUGCAUCUAUGAUGGCUACCUACUCCACCACCCAGUACUCUCAUAUGACGUACCACAGCAGCCCCUACACCAUGGCCUUCCCUCCAGGGUGGGGUUAUCCCGCUGGUACCAUGCCCGCUGGUAUUAUGCCCCCUGGUAUUAUGCCCCCUGGUAUUAUGCCCCCUGGUAACAUGCCGCCUGGUACCAUGCUUCCUGGUGUUAUGCUCCCUGUUACCAUGCCACCUGGAAUCAUGCCAGCUAGUGCCAUGCUGCCUAUUAACAAGCCCCGCCUACCUAACCCCCCUGGGUAUCCACCCAACACCAACUUCCCCCCUUAUUACUCUAAUGGCACCACAGCCUUAAACCAGACAUACACCAAGCCUGCUAGCAACCUCCAGCUCUCACCUACCCAGCCUGCUAGCAACCUCCAGCUCUCAUCUACCCAGCCUGCUAGCAACCUCCAGCUCUCAUCUACCCAGCCUGCUAGCAACCUCCAGCUUUCAUCUACCCAGCCUGCUAGCAACCUCCAGCUCUCAUCUACCCAACCUACUAGCAACCUACAGCUCACAUCUACCCAGCCUGCUACUAGCAACCUCCAGCUCACAUCUACCCAGCCUGCCGGCACUGCAUCAGUCUUGCCCCUCCUACGUAACCCCCCCAUUUGUCACAAGAAACUAGCUCCCUGGUAUAAAGAAAAUACCCAAGCCCUGAAGCGAGUUUCCCGACAAAUGGAACGGAAAUGGCGCUCCACCAAUUUGGAAGUCUUCCGACUAGCUUGGGAAGACAGUAAAGCGCAAUAUCGAAAAGCCCUCGAUGCCGCUCAAUUAGCCUACUUUUCCAAACAGAUUGAGGAGAAUAAAAACAAUCCAAAAUGUAUUUUUGAUACUGUUGACAAGCUAACUAAAGAGCAGCAUUCUCCAGGUGAGGAUGGCCUUCACUUCACCUAAGCAGUUACAUCCUGCCUGGUUGGCCCUGUCUGGGGGUAUCUUCGGACUGGGCCACAUUGUCUAAGCACUGGGUUCUGUCUAAGCCCUUUGUGACAUUUACUGAUGAAAAAGGGCUUUAUAAAUAAUUUAAUUUGAUUGGUUGGUCUUAACUCAGAGAUACACAUACACCCAGCCCUCUAGCAACUGCAAGGAAAAGAGACAGAAGCAUGCAGAAGCCGUAGCGAAAGUGAAAAGAGAAACAUGGAAGAGACAGAAAUAUGCAGAAGAUGUAGUGAAAGUAUCCUGUCAGAUGGUGACAAAGAAGUCCCCCUCUGAACCAGGGUGAAUGAUGAAAGCAAAGGGGGUAAACAAAAUAUUCUUCACAGGUAUUUUCAUGAAGAGUUAUCACAAUCAUCAAAGGAAGCGUAUGUGUAAGAGGAAACGGCUUUUGAAGAGGCGGAAUGAGGCUCACCAGCACAAAAUAAAGUGAUUGCUUGCAGAAGCAGCAGGGAAAGUGACUCCUCGGGUGGCUGUAAAGGAUUUCCCCUUUGGAGAGGAGCCCAAGAUCCAGAAGGAGUAACAAUGAUCGAUGGGGAGAAACUACAUGCUGACACUGUAGAAGAAGUGGUCCCUAAGAAGCUAGAUUUGUAAUGACACUAGCAAAGGAUUUGUUAUAGUUUAACCUCAUCCUUCAAAGUUUCAUGUUGAAGCUAUUUUCAGUGUAAUGUUUUGUAUUGUAUGUGGUAUGGGUAGGGCCAGUGGUCUUUCUUUACUAUUAUAUCUGCUCAGCAAACGCAUUUUCUCUCCCGUUAUAAACCAAAUCAUAAGGGCGUGGAGUUCACUUGAUCUGGUCAUGUGGUUAGGAAAGACCCCUGGCCCUGGGCAUAGUACAUGUGUGUCAAUGCAAUGAAAAGACCAUUGAUGACAUGCUUGCCAGUUCUCAUGCCUGAUAGCAAGAAAACUGCCCGUGUUUCAUUCCCCCACUUCAGUCUAUAGAUCAUCUUUUACUUUGUAUAUAUUUAAUUGAAUAAAAGUUUGUCUAAUAUUGUAA